AGUGGAUGCAGUUCUGUCUGCAUCUCACACUCACACUGAACCUGAAGCCAUCAAACCUGAAGCCAUGGCAAGCAGCAAACUACUCCUCCUGACAGCAGUCUGCUGCUUCAUCAUUCUCACCACCUUCAUCAGCAGCACACAGUCUGCAAGUUGUUGUUUGAUAUACUCAGCGCGUCCGUUACGAUGCAGACGAUUACUGGACUACACCAUCCAGACAAACGGUGCUUCCUGUGACAUCAAUGCCAUUAUCUUCCAUGUUCCAGGCAGGUUUGUGUGCGCAGACCCCAGAUUGGAGUGGACCCAACGAUGCAUGAAGUGUGUGGAUGAACGGAAGAUGGACAUUCAGUUGAAGAAAGGCAACGCUCAGAAUGUCACCAAGGACACAAAUCCACACCAAGCCUAAAAAUCCAGACUGCUGUUGGAAAAUGUACUAAUGUUGAAGUUACACAUUCCACACUCAUUAAGAAGGAUUGUUAUGUACUUUUUGUUACAUCUACCUAUUUUUAUUCUGUUUUAUAAACAGGGAAGUGUAGUAUUUUUAAUACAUGAAGUAAGCAAUGUAUGUAAGCUAGAACUACUAUGUAUAUUACUUACAACAUGACGUAAGCUAGAACUAUUAUGUAUAUUGUGACAUGACGUAAGAUAGAAUUAUGAUGUAUAUUACAACAUGAAAUCUUUGUUUUCACAAAGUAUUGUAAAAUAGUUUAUGGGUUAAUGUUUAAUAUUUCUACCAUUGUUUGGUCAGAAAGACUGUAUAUAUCGAUAGAUUUCUUCCAAUGGAUGAUUUAUUUGUAACUGAUAUUAUCAAGAAUUUAAUAAAAAAUAACAGUGUGUAA